GCUCCUUCAUUGAGCUCUGUUCUCUUUUGCGUUCGUUUCGGGCUCCGCUAGGGUUUGGGUUUCGCCCCCUCGUCCGUCGCCUAGGGUUUGCUCGAUCUCCUGAUUUGUCUUGUUGCUUGCGGUUGGUGAGGCGCGCGCCGGCGGAGAAAAAAUGUCGCUGAGGCCGAGCGAGAGGGCGGAGGUCCGCCGGAAUAAGUACAAGGUGGCCGUGGACGCGGAGGAGGGCCGGCGGCGCAGGGAGGACAACAUGGUGGAGAUCCGCAAGAACCGGCGGGAGGAGAGCCUCCAGAAGAAGCGGCGGGAGGGGAUGCAGGCCCAGCCCCUCCCACAGACGGCCACCCACGCGUCCGUCAUAGAGAAGAAGUUGGAAAGCCUUCCCGCGAUGGUGGCCGGUGUUUAUUCUGAUGAUAGCACUCUGCAGUUAGAAGCAACCACGCAGUUCCGUAAACUGCUUUCGAUAGAGCGAAGCCCUCCGAUCGAGGAGGUGAUACAGUCGGGCGUUGUUCCACGAUUCGUGGAGUUCCUUACAAGGGAAGAUUAUCCCCAACUUCAGUUUGAGGCUGCUUGGGCACUCACCAAUAUUGCCUCCGGCACCUCAGAGAACACUAAGGUCGUGAUAGAUCAUGGAGCAGUUCCCAUUUUCGUUAAACUUCUCAGUUCCCCUAGUGAUGAUGUCCGUGAGCAGGCGGUAUGGGCUUUGGGGAAUGUGGCUGGUGAUUCCCCAAGAUGCCGAGAUCUUGUCCUUGGCAAUGGAGCGUUAUUCCCACUUCUUCAACAGUUGAAUGAGCAUGCCAAACUCUCCAUGCUAAGGAAUGCCACUUGGACCCUGUCAAAUUUUUGCCGAGGGAAGCCACAGCCAGCCUUUGAGCAGGUUAAGCCUGCUCUUCCAGCCCUUGAACGGCUAAUUCAUUCAAGCGAUGAGGAAGUGCUUACAGAUGCAUGUUGGGCAUUGUCAUAUUUGUCCGAUGGUACCAACGACAAAAUACAAGCUGUACUUGAGGCUGGUGUCUGUCCACGGCUUGUGGAGCUUCUUCUCCAUCCUUCACCUUCUGUACUUAUUCCAGCCCUUCGUACUGUUGGUAAUAUUGUGACAGGAGAUGAUGUACAGACACAGUAUGUUAUCAAUCACCAAGCUCUUCCUUGUCUCCUGAACCUCCUGACUCACAACCAUAAGAAAAGCAUCAAGAAGGAAGCUUGCUGGACCAUAUCAAACAUCACAGCUGGAAACAAGGAACAGAUCCAGGCUGUGAUAGCUGCUGGUAUUAUUGGUCCACUAGUGCAUCUACUGCAGACUGCAGAGUUUGAUAUCAAGAAAGAAGCAGCAUGGGCCAUAUCUAAUGCAACUUCGGGUGGUAACCAUGAUCAGAUAAAAUAUUUAGUUAGUCAGGGUUGUGUAAAGCCCUUGUGUGAUCUCCUGGUCUGCCCAGACCCAAGGAUUGUCACUGUUUGCUUGGAAGGGCUUGAGAAUAUUUUGAAAGUUGGUGAAGCGGAGAAGAACCUUGGUGCUAGUGGAGAUGUGAACUUGUAUGCACAGAUGAUUGAGGAAGCUGAGGGCUUGGAGAAGAUUGAGAAUCUUCAAAGCCAUGAUAAUACUGAGAUCUAUGAGAAAGCUGUGAAGAUUCUUGAGACGUAUUGGUUGGAGGAGGAUGAUGCAAUGCCUACAGGUGAUGCUGCUCAAACUGGAUUCCACUUUGGGAACAAUGGCCAGAAUACAGCUCCUCCCGGUGGAUUCAACUUCGGCUGAGAAUUGGUACGAAGAUGUUGUACUCUCAGGUGACAAUCAUAUUAUUAAAGGGCUGAUGAUCAUUACCGUAUGGAUCCUCUUGUGCCUAGAUUGCAGGUUUCUUCUCUGGUGACUGCUAGUAUCAUUGUCCCAGCACCAGGAAAUGGUUCCAGUCAGAAGUCAGUGGGGUGGGGGGUCGGGGGUCGGGGGUGGGGGUGGAGUUGUGUCAUUGUGAGUUCGAGUCAUGUUGUCCGAGGUGGGAGUGUGUGUGGUGUUGGUGUUUAUGAGGAGGUGGUGACAAUAAAAGGUCUUAUGAAAAUGUCAUGUGUUAGCACAUUUUGGUUCUCUCCCAUUUGAAUGAUUGUAUGCUCUACUAGUUUAUGAGUUGCAGGUAAGAGGACAUCUAUGAGUCGCAGGUGAUAUAAAUGCAAGUUAACAACAUCAUUUUGCCUUCUGUA